GCACUCCACGCGACAGUACCCUGCAGGACUCCGCGGGAGGAGCACGCGCGUGUCAGCCCCGCCGGUACAUUAUCAUUAACCAUUAACACGUUAAUCAUUAAGACACUUGCCUGAGAGGCUGCUGUGCAACCCGUUAAAAUAUUUGUGUUAUCUCCAGAACCGUGUUUUGUACCAAACAGUGCGUGAACGAUACAUUUUCCAGAGGAUUUCAUUUUUAUAAUAUCUUAUCGGGGAAUCAUGCCAUCAUCGCUAUCACGGCGGAGAUCAGCGGAGAGACACAACGCCAUUUGAAUUCGAGAUACCGUCCCUCACGGAGGAUCAUCUCCGAGCACUCCGUGCCAUUCCGACCAUAGACGACGCGAGCGCCUGGCUGCGUUCGGAAAAUUCAAUUUUGAAAAAAGAAUAAAUCGAGACACGAAACUUAGCACUCGUGUAACUACGCCUACGCCUUAUAAAAAAAACAAAACCCGAAUUCAAAAUUUAAAAUUUGAAAAAGGAACAAGUGCCAACAUUAGAAAACAAAAGGUUCGUUUACACAGCGCGUGUGUAAUCGUUCAGUGAGUGUGUGGUGUGGACUAAAUUUGUGAAAGACAGUAAGAUGGCCAGCACUGGUGGUGAGAUCUGGCUGCAGUGGUUCGCGUGCUGCUACCAGCCGGCGGCGCAGGCGCAGCGCACGCGCCGGAGAAUAGACAGGUCUAUGAUCGGCGCGCCUACGAACUUCCAGCACACAGGACACAUAGGGUCGACAGACGUGGACAUGCCGUCAUCGCUGCUCCACUCCAUCCAGAACCAGAUGCAGAGCAAAGGCGGCUACGAGAUGGCGUAUGGUGUUAAGGUUUAUUGAUCGAAAAGCGGCGCCGGUAUGGACGCUUGUGGCAAAACAGAGUGAUGUUUAUUGUGGUCACUAUAUUGUCCUAGGCCCGCAGGCUGAGUGUACAUAGAAACGUUAAGUUAGCUUCGGUCACUUAUAGUUUAAAAUCUACUUUGAUUUAAACAAUCACUUGCUAGAUAUAAAUAUGCGGUUUCCACAGUGAGUGAUAGAUCCUUGUAGCCUUUUGGAAUGUGUUUUUUUAACGAAAUUGUAGAGUUACACUUAUUACGUCGUAUUGACCCAGUGGUUUGAUAUUAAAAUUGAUUUAAUUAAAACUGAUAAAAUUAUGUGAACACUUGAAAUUUAACGAUAAAGAAUGUCAAAUAAAGAGAACAGAGUCAACAACAAAUUGCGUUUAACUCGUACAAGUCAGUCAUUUAGUCAAUUCAUUAAUUUUAAAACUGUUCUAUCUAUCCGCAAAAAAGCUACAAGGCUACAACUGCAAAUUAUUUAGUGUAGUCCAUUCACAUUUUAUAUUUAAUGCAAUUAUUACUAAAAACGCAAUCGUAGCAAUCUUGAAAAAAAAAUGUUUCAGCGAUAUUUGUGGUCGACGCUACAUUUUACUAUAGUGAUCGAAGCACAAUCAAAUGAAAUUAAUGCAAGUUACCUAUUUGAUUUACGAAGGAACUAUGUUUCUGUUUAUGAUCUUUGUUUAAUGUAAUGGAAAUAUUUAGCAAAAUUAGAAUACCUACUUGCACAUUCUAGCACAUAAAUGUACUUAUUGAAACUAUUGAAAUAUAAUGUAAAAAGGCUGUAAGUUUCAGGAAUCUUUUCGGUGCAUUAUUACUUUAGAACCGACAUAUUAUAUCGAUGUAGACAAUUCAAAGUUUUGUCCUGUUACGAAUAAACUUAUUUUAAAGUAGUCACAGUGUUUUUGUUAGCUUUUUUCUACAGACACUUGGUAAAAAGAGAAAACACUGUGAUUUGCGUUUAUUUGUAGAAUAUUUCAAUACUCGAAUUAUUAUGACAAAGGUUUAAUAUACACAACCACAAUUUUUAUGUACUUUAGUCCUGUGUCUCCUUAUAAACGUGGCAACAGUCUUAUGUAAAAAGUGUGUUCUAGUAUAGUAUCUAUCUCCAAUGUAAUUUUAAUGUAAUCUUAUAGAAUUAAGAAUAAAAUAAACCGCGAACCAACAGACUAGCAACUGGAACUUGUAUUUUAUUAUGGUGUUUAUUUAGUAGUUACAAUAGCAUUAUUAGUUUAUAAAUACAUAUGUUUCAUUUCUUAAUAAAUAUUAUAAUUGUUAGUUACUGAAAGUGAAGGGAAAUUCUUGUUUACGAAUGUACAUAAUGUUAGCUGAUAAAUGGUCCAUUUUACAAUCUAAACUUUUAACGAGAAGUUUAGGUAAAUAAAGAGCAAAUUUUUCAAUCGUCGGUUAACUUUUAACUGAAGAAUUAAUUUGGCACAUUGACAGUUUCAGUAUGAGAAAUAUGUCAUGAUGACAUUCAUGGUUAUUCUUCAGUUAAAAGCUAUCCGACGAUUUAAAAAUCAACCCUGUAUCCACAAUACAUCUUCAAUUAAAAACAUAUUUCUUUAUAAUAUCAAUAUACUCGUAAUAAUGUCAACUCUACCUUGCACGAAUUCCGUCGAUACUGCCUUUUUAAAUGUAUUUUUAUAUAAUUGUUAGGUAAUAUUAAAUGUGUAUUGUGUAUGUACCGUUUUUUGUGUCUCUCUGAACUUACUUAGGUCUUCCUUAGGUACCUUACCUAAAUACUAUUUAUUUAUGUUUUUAAAUUACUAUUUACCUUUUCACCGAUGUUCUUAUGACUUAUAAAAUAGUUUUAUUAUAUUUAGCAAUAAACGUGAAUAUUAAUAUUAUUAUACUUGCUUACAUUAUUAUUUCUUCGACUAUUUAUUAUGAAUAUAUCAGAAUAUAGUGUAUUCGCCAGUUCUGCUCAAUACAUAGUUGACCGUUGGUGUCAUUUUUUAAACAUUUAGUCUGAAAUAAGUUAUUCUCAUAAACUAUAGUUAUUCUUAUUACAAUUUUCAAUGAAUCGACUUUUUCUAAUCUUUUUUAAUUCAUAUGAUUAUGUCCUAAGUAGUUGUUGUUUGCGAAUUUUUUGUAUGGAUUAUUCUAUUGUAUAAUAUAAUAAAUACUUAUGAAAAUGGUCUUCUUGCCCGAUCCGUUUUGGGCACUGAUUGACUUAAAAUACUACAGAGACUGAAGUCGGAAUAUUUAUGCUAAAAAUUACGUUAUAAAAUACUACAUGAUUGAAAUUAAAUAGUAUUUUAUAAUGUGAAACAAACUGUACUAUGUGUAAAGACUGUUAUUCUGACGAUUGUGAGCUUAGUUUGUUUGAUUCGAUAAACAAAAUGCAACAUUUGUUAGGCAAUACUUUCUACAAUGAUAGUUUCUGAAUGCAAUUUUUGUUAGCGUGUCUCAUUUAGUAUAGAUUUAAACAUGUUUUAUGUACGUCGACAGCACAUCUUUGCAUUUGCAACUUUUUAUGAUUAGCAAAACAUUGGAUAUUUUAAUGCCCUUUCUUUAAUUUUAGUAUCCUUUUAUGCCAUAGAUAGGUAAUGCAUCAGGCCAGUGUUCCUAUUAUUCCCUAAUGUAAAACUGGACUUUUAAUAUUAAUUAUGCAACCUAUGUAAGAAUGACAGUCUGUUAAAUGUAGAUAUGGCACUUAAUGAACAUGUGUCUCGAAAAACAUAAUUUUGUCCUUUUCUGCGCAAAACGACAAAGUUAUCGUUGAAACUGUUCCAAUUUAUUAGAUAUUUAUAUUUAUGGUGUAAUGGACAAAUUUUGCCCUGUAUAAAAAAACAUUGAAACUAU